AUGCCCCCCUUGUUUAAUCCAGCCGACGCGACUCCAAGGAAACCACUACCGCCUAGCAAGAGACCUAAAACAGCUAGAAGGCAGCUAGGCCGACUAGAAAAAGGCAUGAUUAUUGCUCUUUACCACACAACUGGGAAGGUUGCCGAGGUGGCAGAAAUUAUGCAGCGACCAUGGUCAACAAUUAAAAGCUUUCUCGACCGUGCAAACGAACGAGGCACUAUACAGAACCUGACGCGUCCUGGACGACCUGAGAAAUUGGAUCAGGAGCAGCAACAACAAUUGAUUCAGGCUGCAUGUAAUACCCGAACCAUGUCUAGAAGGGAAUUACGCGAUGGCAAUGCCCCUGAGGUCUCCUUACACACCGUCGAUAGAGUAUUGAGAAAGAGAGGAAUCAAAAAAUGGAGAGCAAAGAAGCGGCCAGCAUUGACAGCAUCAGACGCAAGGAGGAGACUAGCUUGGGCAUUGGAAAGGCAACACUGGACGGCUGAUGAUUUUGAAGGUGUUGUCUGGAGUGAUGAGUGCAGUGUGGAGAAGUCGCGUAACCCCAAUCAAUUAUGGGUGUUUCGUACUCUUCCAGAAAAAUGGGUGCACGAGUGUAUAGAUCCUAAAAAGAAUGGUGGAGGGGUAUCACUGAUGGUAUGGGGAUGCUUUUGGGGGAGGAAUCGCGGCACAUUCACACCUUUAAUUGUCAAGUCUGUCAACAAACACGUUUAUCUACAGAUGCUGCAGUAUCUCCUUGUACCUGUCCUCAACCGGGUCAAGGAUACUGUAGAUAAUCCUCGAUUUAUGCAAGACAAUGCGCCAAUCCAUAAGGCUCAUAUUGUUACUGAAUGGUUUGAAGAGCCCGGGGUUGAUAUUGUUGUUGAAAAUCAUCCACCUUAUUCUCCUGAUUUAAAUCCUAUUGAACAUGUAUGGGUGGAGCUCAAAAAGCGCCUCCAAAGUCAGUAUCCUAAUAUAAAAAACACUCCUGGGGGUCCUAAAAGGGUGAAAGAACGGUUGGCUGAAGUCUUGCCUUUGGUUUGGGACACUAUUCCCGAAGAUUUCUUUGAGAGAUUGUGGAAAUCAAUGCCUGAUAGAGUGGCUGCAGUAAUUGCAGCGGGUGGGUGGCAAACUAAAUAUUAA